GCCUGGGGAGGUAUUGAUAGGUUCCACCGCUCGUGGAGAUCGAAGCUCGAUGCUCCACUUCCUUCCUUACCUGCUCCGGCGCCCUCCCCCCUCCGAUUUCUCGCCCUUAUCAUGGAAUCCGAUGUCUCGAUUCUUCCGCUCCACACUGCUCCUGUGCUCGUUCGGAUGUCUCUGCUGAUCUUCUUCCGAUCCUUUUCUACCGCCCAGAGCUCCAGUUCUCCCCUUUUUUCUCCUCGAUUUUGAGAAAGAUCUUUCUUUCCGCGAAAUAUUAGAUUCUGAUUGUCCUAUUUUCCGUUUUGGUCGCGGAAACUCCGCCUUUGGUCGUUUAAGUUUUUGACUCGCGUGCAUUACCCUCAGAGUUCCCGGAUUUGGAUUAGGUGUGGGCUGUUGCAGGUUGAGAAGAGGAAGAACAUAGAAAAAGAUUGGGAUUUGGAAGUAGCUAGACGGUGUGGUGUUUCUGGAAGCGAGUUCUGGGAGAUGGGGGUGUUGAAGUAUGAGGUUGUGGGGAAGUUUGCUUUAUUUGCUUUCCUUCUGCUUGAUCUGUUGGUUGGUUCGGCGGGUGGUGACGUAGUGCUGAUUGGGAGAAAUGUAUCCUUGUCGUUUCCGGACAUCGAGGCCACCUUUGCUCCAUCAGUAAAAGGAUCUGGUGAAUGUGGGGUAUUAUAUGUUGCAGAACCUUUAGAUGCAUGUGCUCCAUUAACUAAUGAAGUUGCUAAAGGUUUAGAUUCUCCAUUUGCACUAAUUAUAAGAGGAGGAUGUACAUUUGAUGUUAAAGUCAUAAAUGCACAAAAUGCUGGGUUCAAAGCUGCAAUUGUAUACGACAAUGAAGAUAGAGGAACCCUGAUUUCAAUGGCAGGAAGUUCAAUUGGCAUAUAUAUAUACGCUGUGUUUGUUUCCAAGGCUUCUGGUGAAAUGCUAAUGAAAUAUGCUGGCAAUACUGAUUUGGAGUUGUGGAUUAUACCCACCUUUGAGAAUUCAGCAUGGCCAAUUAUGGUCAUCUCCUUCAUAGCACUCCUCGUCAUCUCUGCUGUGCUUGCUACAUGCUUUUUCAUACGCAGACACUUUGGCAGGCCUGAACAGACUAGAGCUCCUAACAUCCGAGAAUUCCAUGGAAUGAGCAGCCAAUUGGUGAAAGCAAUGCCAAGUCUCAUAUUCACCUCAGUUGUGGAAGAUAAUUGCACUGCAACAACUUGUGCAAUUUGCUUGGAAGACUAUAGUGUUGGGGAGAAGCUUAGGAUAUUGCCAUGUCAUCACAAGUUUCAUGCAUUUUGCGUCGAUUUCUGGCUUACCACUUGGAGAACAUUCUGCCCUGUUUGCAAGCAAGAUGCUAGAGCAGGCAGAUCUAAUCUUCCAGCUUCCGAGAGCACUCCUCUACUUUCUUCUGGUGAGGUGACCGUAUCUUCCAAUGUGGGAUUGUCAUCAUUUCGUUCAUCCAUGGCAGCAUCCCCAGCCCUCCAAAUAUUUCCAGUGGCUUCCGGGCCAGAAUCAAACUCCCAACCACAUUUGUUGUCUGGUGCUUGUUCCCCAGCUAUUCAAAUAGCUCCAAUGACUCCCCACUCACAAUCAAGUGCAUACUAUACUGCACAUAUCCCUAACCCACAUAGGUCUUAUGGCCACUCACCAGCUUUUAGGACAAGUAGAAGUUCUCUUGACCUUAGAAAUGCUUCGUCUCAGAGAUCUCAUGCUUAUCUUCUAUCUUCUCACUCCUUGGGCUUUCCCAGAUCACCAUCUAUCAAUUCAAUACUUGGAUCCUCUUAUAUUCCAUGUUCAAGUAAUGUGUCCUCCAGCUAUCUUGCGGCAUCUUCCAGUCAACAGUCAUACUUAAGACAUUGCACUGAAUCAGGGGCAAGUCUGUCAGCAUUAGCCUCGGCGCAAUCUCUACCAGGAUGUUGAUCUGUGUCAACUUUUUUGCAAUGAGGUCUUAAACCAGAUACGGCUACAAGCUAAAGAUCAAUGUGUUCUUAAUUGCAUGUGUUGCCAGCAUUAAUGGCAGUUAUCAUACUACAACAAUAAUUUGGUUCACAUACUGCAACAGUAUGAUGGUUCCUGUGCUCUACAUGGUGAUUUUGAGUUCUAUGAUUCAACUGUCAUGGCCCCAGGAGAUAGCUAGAUUCUAUCAUUGUUUGUGUACAGAAUGGGUCGAAAAUGAGGAUUCUGUAAUCUGUUAUUGCGUUAAUCUUGCAGUUUAUAAUAACCCAUGAAACCAUUGUUGUGAGGCUCUGCCAGUAUGAGAUAUUGUGGUUCUUUACUGGUUAUCUUGAUCCGUGUAAAAUAGAUAUGUUAUGGACUUUCUGUAGUUUAUCAACUGUUGUUACGGCUA